UCCUGUCUGUGACGAUACAGGCUUUCGCCUGCUCUUGCUUUUACUGAGAGUUGUAAAUAGUGCACGGUGGAGAAAACUGGAUGAAGGGUAAACUGGGGCUCCUAUCAGUAUGCCUAAAAAGAGAAAAAAUGGGCAGAGUCCUGCACGGGUUCCUGGACAGCUAAACGAGUCCCGGAGCAACGACAGUCGUGUUUACGGGUCUAGUGAACCUUUCCCACAGGGUGAACCAAACUCUGGAUAUGGCAUUUCCAACUCUACUGCUCUUGGAUUCGCUGACAGGGAACAUAUACUGAGAAACAUGGAAGAGGUUUUCUCGCAUUUGGACCCCGAGGUCAUUCACAUGGUACUGACGGAGUGUGAUUUCAAUAUGGAGAAUGCAAUGGACUCCCUUCUGGAACUCUCUGAUGCUGCUAAGGGUGCACCCACUCUGCCACCUCCUGUCUCUGGUUUUGAGAUUGCAGCAGCCCUCUUAAAUCCUGACAUUCCACAAUCCAUGUCCUCCCAGCCCAAAACUACAGACUCCAGUACCUUGUCAGUUCACACACCACGUGCACUCCCACGCCACCCUCAGUCAGAAGAACCAUCUUCUCUGUCUACUUCUGUACCUCUGUGCUCUCUCCCAACUCCUCAGUUCCCUCCACAGCAGACUUUGACCAGUUUGCAUCACCAGACUUCCAACCCUAAACAAAAACAGGCCACCAGAGGAAAUUCUCCAGUGGGGGAGCUAAGCUUUGCUGCCGGGGCUACUUCAGUUGAUCGGGGCGAUCGACUGGACUUCAGUCACCUAAUUGGGGGGUCUGUUGGCCUAGGGGGCAGCGGUUCAGCCUUCCAGGCCUAUCGCAGAGAUGAGCAGCCUCGUGUGGUGGGAGCCCCCUGGAACCUCAGGGCACCAGAGUUCCACCCUCGUCCAGAGGGGCCGUCCUUCAUCACGCCGGUGGUGGCGAAUCCCACCCUCGCUGCCCGCUGGUCCACUUAUGCGUCCGUCAGCCAGGCUCCUCUAAAACCCACGGCAACCAUCCCCACCUCAUGGGCCACGCAUCAACCGCCCGUCUACGGCAACAAGCCCACUACUGCCCCCACCCACAACCACAGGCACCGCUUUGAAGGCAGGGUGUUAGUGAUGCUCAGAGGAGCUCCAGGAUCCGGCAAGUCAACUCUAGCCAGGGCACUGUUGGACCACAACCCUGGGGGCGUGUCUUUAAGCACAGAUGAAUAUUUCUGUCGCAAUGGAGACUACUGCUACGACCCGUCGGAGCUGGGAACAGCACAUGAGUGGAACCAUGAGAGAGCUAAAGAUGCCAUGGAGAGGGGCCAGAGUCCUGUCAUCAUUGAUAACACUAACUUGCAGAGUUGGGAGAUGAGACCCUAUGUGGCCAUGGCCUUGAAGCAGAAAUACAAAGUUGUGUUCCGAGAGCCAGACACGUGGUGGAAGUUCAAGCCCCGAGAGCUGGAGAAACACACAAAGCACGGUGUGAAUCGCGAGAAGAUUCGACGGAUGCUGGACAGCUAUGAUAAGCAUGUCUCUGUCCACUCCAUCAUGGGCUCGGCACGACCUGACCUUCACAGAGAGCCUCCUGUGACCUGUCACCUGCCGCGGCCAGACCUGCUGGAGCCCCCUCCUCUUGUCUGUCUCCCCCCUCCUGUCUCCCUCCCUCCUCCUGUCUCCCUCCCUCCUCCUGUCUCUCUCCCUCCUCCCGACGUGUCGUCUGUGCCUGUGCGCAGCUUCUUCAUAGGACAGCCCCCUGAGCUGCUGGACUGUGUGGAUCUCUAUCAGGACCCCCAGGACAUGGAGCAGCGCUCGCACGUGGAGCUGCCUGCGCUGUUCGGUCAGUCCAUCGGUCAGCGAGAGCGGAGGGAGAGGGACCGAGCGAGGCGUCCUCAGCCUGCUGCUGCAGCAGCGCUGAGCUCAGUGGCCACACGGGAGCGGCUGGAGGCGGCCGGCGCCACGGGCAGUGACGGAGAGACUGCUGCUGCGGGCAGCGCGGAGGCACAAGGGGAGGCGGCCAGGGCGGGCGAUGCGCUGGGAGCUCCGCUCACGUUUAUCGGAGACUGGCCCUGCGAGAGCCAGGGGCCCCGGGGCCGACGCAGCAGCAGCCGCAGGCACGGAGACCAGGAGGCGCACGAGGGCCAAGAUGGCGCCGGCGGCACCACCGAGGUGAGGCACGCUGGCGGUGGGCCAGACUUCUCCGCGUUUCAGAAGGUGCUGGACCUGCUGCAGGGAGACGUGGAGGUGGACGGCCCCAUCCAGCUGUCUGACAGCGAGGAGGAGAGCAGCCCCAGCUCGGGGCCCGACACCCAGCCGCCGUCACCCGGCUGCCUGAGCGAGGACGCCACGCACGUGCCCAACCCCAGCAGAGAGGAGGAGGAGGAGCUGGGAGCUGCACAGAGAGAGGAGGACAGAGCACAGGACAGUGGGGAGGAGAGUGAUAAAGAAGAGGAGGAGCUGGAGAGGGACAGGAAGGGGGAAGGGAAGGAGAUGAGAGAGAGCAAGGAUGGGCUGGAGGAAGUGAGUGAGGCCAAAGGGCUGGAGGGAAGAGAGGAUGGAGAGCCGUCAGGCAGCGGUCAUGUCUCGGAAAAGAGGAGAGUUAGCCGGCGCUCGGGCAAAUCCGUCCGACUAGCUCUCACAUUCACCAAUCAGGCGCCUGCAUCAGUGUCACCCCAGCACACACAGACUGAGUCGCCCCCGCAGCCUGAGUGCUCGACGCAGGACAGGUCCAUAGAGGGGGCAUCACCCUGCAGCAUCUCCACGCAGGACACGUCCAUAGAGGAGGCUCCGUCCUCCAGUGUCACUACGCAGGACACGUCCAUAGAGGAGGCUCCAUCCUGGAGUGUAACUACGCAGGACACGUCCAUAGAGGAGGCUCCAUCCUGCAGCAUGUCCACGCAGACUGAGCCCUGUGACUUUGCCCUGCUGUGGCGGCUGGAGCACGGGGGUUUGUGGGAAGGGGCUGGCGAGAAGGUCCUGACAGGAAACGCAUCACACUUUGUCCCCGCUGUCUCGGAGGCGGCGAGCGCGUGUCCUGUCCGACGGGCCACCCACGACCGAGGGGCGCAGGUGGAGGAGGAGGAGCUGACGGAGGCCCGGACCAUAGACGAGGGCCUCAGCAUCCUCAUGCGCCACUUUACAGGCGUUACCGUGGAAACGCUAAAGGACCUGUAUGAAAAAUGCCAACAAGACCUGGAGUGGACCACCAACCUGCUACUGGACUCUGGAGAGAGACUGAGCCGUGAGGAAGAGGAGGGGGACAAAAGUGAAGAUGAGGAUGAACUGGGCAGGCUUAAAGAGGGAGAGAGGGAGAGGGCAGAAGAGAGGGAUGAGGUGGAGAGAGAGAAGGCGAAGGACAGUGAAAGAGAGGAGGUCAAAGCUGUCGGGAUUGGAAUCGCAGCGAGUGCGAGAGAAGACACGGAAGCAGAUGUCCGUAGUGGUGACCCAGCUGACGCGAGGGUCAGCAGAGCGGACGAGGCUGCAGACGGCACAUGCGUGAGGUCAGAGGUCGCUGGAGACGAGGCGCAGCCCAAGCAGGACUCCAAAAGCCCACACGAGCCAACAGCCCAAGCCACAGUGACCAGCCAGUCACACGAACCAGCAGCCCAAGCCACAGUGACCAGCCAGUCACACGAGGCUGUGCAGCAGCAGGAGUCUGCCCAGAGUCUGAGGCAUCUGUCUGAGUUCGCUGGCACCGGCACAUGCCUGCUCUUGGACGCCUGCCCUGAAGCGUCCGCAUGGCCCAUGGGAUUCCUGGAGGAGGAAGAGGGAGGAGGAGGAGGAGGAGAGGGAGCUGGAGAGGAGGACGCGAGGAGAAGAGUGGAGGAGGUGGACGCUGUCACUCAGUCCAUCCUGUCUCAUCUGGAGGAGCUGACCAAGAGAGAGGAGGAGGAGAAGGAGAGGGAGAAGCAGGAGAGAGAGAGGGAGAGGCGAAAGGAGAGGACAAAGGGCUCUAAGCCGCUGGACAUUCAGACUCUGGAGCUCAAACUGCCUACUGAGCUGGCGCUACAACUCACAGAGCUGUUUGGCCCUGUUGGCAUCAACCCAGGGGAGUUCUCAGAUGACUGUUCUGUUAAGAUGGACCUGAACCUUGCUCGACUCCUACAUCAAAAGUGGAAAGAAACCAUCCAGGAGAAGCAGAGACAAGCUUCACUCUCCUACCACCUACUACAGGAAAGCUCUGUCCACUGGGGAGAGACACAGAGUGGGCUGUCCAGACCACCGGACGGCACUAAACCUCACUUUCUGAUUGGUGUCGAUGGCUACGCAUCUCUCGUUGGCCAAUCAGAUUACACUGAAGACGCUCCAGUGGUGGCCAAUCAGAUCACGCUAAGGACGCUCCAGCACAGGAAUCUGUCCCAGCCAUACGUGUCUCUACGGGACAUCAUGUCAGAGGAGCAGGCACUACAAGACAUACAGGAGAAGAGCAGAUUGAGCCACUGGGAUCCUGAGCUGAGAGAUGGGGCCGCCAUGCUGAAGGAGAAGCAGCUCUUCUCACUCUUCCCCACCAUCGACAGACUCUUCCUCAAAGACAUCUUCAGACACAACAAUUACAGUCUGGAGCAGACUGAGAAAUACCUGCACUGUCUUCUGGAUGUGGGGCCAGUCAAAAAUGUUGUGGCAACAGACACUGGCAUCCAGCACAACCACACUCACACACCAAGAACACCCAGCAAGGAAAGGAAACAGAAGGAGGCUGAGGCGGUGUUCCAGGAGACGGAGGAGCCGGAGUAUCAGGAUCUGCGGGCGGAGGCCAAUCUACACAGGCUCAAGCAGCAGGAGUGCCUGAGCAAAGCAGCCGAGGCCUACAGGCGUGGCAAGAGACAGGUGGCCAGCUUCUACGCUCAACAGGGCCAUUUGCAUGGUCAGAAGAUGCGCGAGGCGAACCAUCGUGCUGCACUGUGCAUCUUUGAGCGAGUCAACGCCUCACUUCUGCCACAGAAUGUUCUAGAUCUCCACGGCCUCCACGUUAGUGAGGCCCUAGAACACCUCCAGCGGACCCUCAAAGAGAAAAUCACAGAGUACAAACAGGGUCUAUGCAAGCCUCAACUGUCAGUCAUCACAGGAAGAGGAAACCGCAGCCAAGGGGGAGUGGCCAGAAUUAGGCCCGCUGUCAUCGACUAUCUCAAGAGCAAGCAUUACGAGUUUACGGAGCCAAAUGGUGGUUUAGUUCUAGUCUCAUUGCAGAAGGAGCUAAAAGCAUGAAUGACGACGCCUGCUGCCGUGGGCCCCUCACCCCCGCAGCCUCCUCUUCCUCCUCUUCCUCCCCUCUGCCUCUCCUCCAAACGGAUGCUGAUGUCUGUGGCUGGAGCUGCUCUGAUCUCCAGGCCUGCUCUCCCAGGGCGGAGCAGCUGUCAGCUCUGUGUGUGAAGAGGUUCCUUUAGCCGUCUCGCUUGGCUCUCCCUCACUCUCCAGUGCACAGUACGCCCGAGACAUUUCUGGAUGAGCGUGAAUAUUUUGUUUGGAAGGAGAGCCUGUGAAAUAUUUUGCGUAGUGUUAUUUUGCACCAUGUUAAUCUGCCUUCACAGAAUAGCUGUGAUUGUCUUGUACUGCUGUGGAUAUAAAAGACUGGUGGUGUCUUCACCUGUGCAGAGUGGGCACAUUCUUAAACUGCUAAACACUUCUUAAACACCAAAACCGUUCUCACGCUCACCAGAAACUCAUCAACCUUAAGAGGACAAGGGCAAAAUCUUUUUUGUUUAAGUGUCUGGUGUGCACCAGAUAGUUUCUUGUGUACACUUAGAAACAUUUUUUUGCACAUGUUCUUUUAGGGACUAUGUAUAACGGUGACACUCUCAGGGCAAACGAAUGUCUUCUCUGUGUACAAAAAUGUUCGAUAUUUGAUAGUUGAUAUUUUAUUUUGUGUGUGUUUAAGUGAAAGUGAGUAGAUGUAUAAAGGGAUCUCUCUUCUCACGUUGACAAAUUUAGCGCGGCAAUGCCUGUUAUUAAUGGUUUGACUGCAUUUUUAUCUGGUCUAUUGUUAAACCUCAAUGUGAAUUGAUAUGGGCAUUUAUUAGAAUGUAAUUCUAGUUUCAAUGAAAUUGUUAGGUUAAUUGUAAAUCCUUACUUUCUCGUUUUAUACUCAUGUAAUCAAGGCAUAAUAACUUGAUUUUUUUAAAGCUGAAAAUGUGUUUUAACAAAUUACAUAUAUAUUUUGUAUUGCCUGAAUGGGGAUUUAUUUUGUUAUUAAAAUUACAAAAUUAAA